AUGUGGCAAGCAGAACACAUGAACAAGACAGAUAGUACGUGGCGAGCAGUACACAUCAACAAGCCAGAGAGUUCAUGGCGAGCAGAACACACGAACAAGCCAGAUAGAACAUGUCGAGCAGAACACAUGAACAAACCAGAUAGUACAUGGCAAGCAGAACACAUGAACAAGCCAGAUAAUCACAUGAACAAGCCAGACAGUACGUGGCGAGCAGAACACAUGAACAAGCCAGAUAGUAUGUGUCGAGCAGAACACAUCAAGAAGCCAGUUAGUAGGUGGCGAGCAGAAUACAUGAAGAGGCCAGACAGUACGUGGCGAGCAGAACACAUGAACAAGCCAGAAAGUUCGUUGGGAGCAGAACGUAUGAACAAACCAGAUAGUACAUGGCGAACAGAACACAUGAUCAAGCAAGAUAGCAUGUGGGGAGGACCACACAUGAACAAACCAGACAAAAACAUGAACAAGCCAGAUAGUACGUGGCGAGAAGAAUACAUGAACAAGCUAGAUAGUAUGUGGCGCGCAGAACACAUGAACAAGCCAGAUAGAACGUGGCGAGCAGAACAUUUGAGCAAGCUAGAUUGUACAUGGCGAACAGAACACCUGAACAAGCCAGAUAGUAUGUGGCAUACAGAAAACAUGAACAUGCCAGAUAGUACAUGGCGAAAAGAACACAUGAACAAGCCAGACAGUACGUGGCGAGGAGAACACAUGAACAAGCCAGAUAGUACGUGGCGAGCAGAAAACUUGAACAAGCUUGAUAAUCACAUGAACAAACCAGAGAGCACGUGGCGAGCAGAACACAUGAACAAGCCAGAUAGUACCUGGCGAGCAGAACACGUUAACAAGCCAGGUAGUACGUGGCGAGCAGAACACAUGAACAAGCCAGAUAAACACAUGAACAAGUUAGAUAGUAUGUGGCGAACAGAACACAUCAACAAUCCAGAUAGUACAUUUCGAGCAGAACACAUCAACAAGCCAGUUAGUACGUGGCGAGCAGAACACAUGAACAAGCCAGAUAGUAUGUUACGAACAGAACACAUCAACAUUCCAGUUAGUACAUGGCAAGCAGUAGACAUCAACAAGCCAGUUAUUACCUGGCGAGCAGAACACGUCAACAAGCCAGAUAAACACAUGAACAAGACAGAUAGUACGUGGCGAGCAGUACACAUCAACAAGCCAGAGAGUACAUGGCGAGCAGAACACACGAACAAGCCAGAUAGUACAUGUCGAGCAGAACACAUGAACAAACCAGAUAGUACAUGGCAAGCAGAACACAUGAACAAGCCAGAUAGUACCUGGUGA